AAAGAAAAAUUUCAGAUUUGUGAUUUCAAUCUUCGUCUUCCAAAAAGCACAGACAUCCACAAAGCAAAGCUGAGAGAGAGAAGAGAAGAUCUCAACUGAAGCCCGGUGUCUAAGUAAAAAUGGCGGAUUAUCAUUUCGUUUACAAGGAUGUUGAAGGAACAUCCACACAGUGGGACGACAUCCAACGAAAGCUUGGAAACCUCCCGGAAAAGGCGCCGGCGUUCAAACCUCCGUCAUUUACUCCGGCGGAAGACGAGGAUUCGAAGCCUAAAGACAAGUCAUGGAUCGACUCCAAAACCCACGAUGAGCUCGAAGAUCUAGAGGAUGAUCUUGACGAUGAUCGAUUCCUUGAAGAAUACAGGAAGAAAAGGUUAUCAGAGAUCAAGGAAGCUGCUAAAGUUGCGAAAUUCGGGUCAAUUAUUCGAAUUUCUGGCUCGGAUUUUAUCCGGGAGGUGUCUCAAGCUCCGCCGGAAAUCUGGGUUGUUGUUAUUCUUUACAAAGAAGGAUUUGCAGCAUGUGAAAUGUUAAUGGGAUGCUUGGAAGAGCUAGCAAGGAGAUACCCAGCAACAAAGUUCGUCAAAAUAAUAUCUACAGAUUGUAUUCCUAAUUAUCCUGAUUGUAAUCUACCCACACUGUUGGUAUACAAUAACAGUGCGGUCAAAGCAAACUAUGUGGGAUUGAAUUACUUUGGAAAGCGGUGCACACCUGAAGGUGUUGCAUUGGUUCUUUGCCAAUCAGAUCCGGUGCUUAACGAUGGUCAAACUGGCAGUGAUUCGUCAAGAAGAUCUGUUCUUGACGGUGAAAGUAAGAGGCUUAUCGAAAAGUUUGUGGCAGAGCGUGAAAAUGUGGAAGAUGAUGGUGAUUCAAGUGAUUAACUAGUCUAUAAACUAGUGGAUCUUUUGAACUUAGACCUUUUUUUUUCCUGUUUUUUUGUUCUUUGGCUUUGGAAAGGGGAGAGUGUGGCUUUGGAAAUAUUCCGUUCAAGGGAAUGAAGUGGUUGUUUUAACUUAUGACAAUUCAUUCAGCUUCAACAUAUUGAUGAUUGUAUUGAAACGUCUUUUGUUCCUUUGACUGGUAGAGCAGCUUAGCAUCGCUUUCCUUAUGGAUUGUACCCUAGUUCACUUUUGAAAAUUGGUUAUGCUAUAUUUUUUUCAACAAUGAUGAUGAUUUGGUUUUUCUUUA